AAUAUGAAUAUAAAUGAUAAAAGUAAAUUUCCCACAAGCAUCCUAUACAAGAAAUCAAUUUGAACUACAGGCUCCAUCAGUAUUGAGCGAAUUAGACGAAAAAUGGCUGGAAUUAUUCAAAACUGCGGAACGACCGUUGCAAGCUUUAAAAAAUCAAUGCGAACAAUUACGCCUUGUUUCGAGCAAAGAUGUCGAUAAUGAAGGAAUUUGUAUGAUCGAUUACGCGCGAGAGAAACUUAUUUAUAAAAUUUUCAUGGGUAUAGAAAAUGAGAUUUCACUUUUAUUAGAUUUAUUGAAGUCUUUUAAAAAUACUUUUCAGGAUUUAAAAAAUCGAUUAAACAAUUUGGAAAAAUUUCGGAGUAAUGUUUCGUUAAGUGAUGAAGAUAUGAAAGAUAUCGUAAAUGGAACACCUAAUCGGCCAAAAUUAAAUUUACUUUUAGAAUGGGCUAUCGAUGGUUUUCAAUAUUAUCACGAAUUAUUUCAACGUGUUGAGAAUAGUAUAAAAAAUAUGGAUUAUAGAAUUGAAGAAUCAGUUAAUAUAUUUGCCAAUUCCUUUGUAGAAAAUCGAUAUAAACGAAAUAAAUUCAAUAGUAAGAUUUUCUAUAUAAUUUCAUCUAAUAAUCUAACGUAUUAUAUUAUAAGACUUAUCUAUGGAUUGUUUCAGGGAUACUAGCAUUUACUCAAUUCUUAAUUAUAGAAAAGGUUUAA